AUGUCUGUCAAAGAUCCAUUAGCCUCAGCGUUUGACAAAUCAAGCCAUCGCAAGGUUUUCCCGCACAGCGUGGGAAUCACCCGGCUGGCCUACUCGCGCGACGGCAAGUAUCUCUUUACAGUUGGCAGCAACUCGGUCGUAUAUCGAUUUAAGGCUGGCACCGACGAACAGUCCAAGACCAUGACACUGGACCGCAAGAAAGAGGAAGAUGAGGGGAAGGAUGAUGAAGAAGAAGAGGAGGAAGAAGAGGAAGGAGAAGGAAGUAAUACUAAACAAUAUGGUAUUGCAGCCAAUGAUAAAUCGUUUUUUAUAUUUUCGGAUUCAGGACGUGUUGACAAGUACGGUAUCGAAUCAAUGGAGUUUGAAGGUAAUGUGACACGCAUGGCUCUUCCAGUUCGCGAUGUCUCAAUAUCUUCUGAUUCCAAAUGGAUUGCAAUCUGUGGCGACGAAUCUGAACUCAAAAUUGUCAAUGUCGAAGACAUCACCAAAGUUAUUUCUGUUCAAAAAUUCCAUACCUCAGGCAUCAAACAUGUAUCAUAUCAUCCAAGCGACAUUCUAAUCUCAACUUCGGAUGUCGAGGGUGUUCUUCGGUUCCUAGCAAUCCCACGACAAGAGUCUUCUUCAGUUGACUUGACUCAAAAAGUCGACGGUAUUAUUCCAAAACUUCGUGGUGAUGACGCCUACGCGAGUUCCAAGAUUGCUUGGCACAAAUCAGGCCAAUAUUUUGCAGUUCCGACACCACUUAACUCUGUUGCAGUUUAUAAUCGGGACAUGAAGGAAAUUGUCAAUUUCCCUAUUAACAGAGACAUUAUUAAUGACAUUAAACGCCGCCAAAAAUUUAACGGUUCGGUAAAAGAUGCUGAGACAAGAGCUGACCGGGAUGAUGAAGAAGAAGAAGAAGGCCAUGGACAUGGCCCCGUGUCUGAAGCCAUUUCCGACUUAUGUUGGUCGCCUAGUGGUGCUUAUCUUGCAAUUUCGACGGCUGAUGGAUUACUUUUGAUUUGGGAUGUUUCUACACGCAUGCUUUUACGAGUAAACAAAGUCAACUUUAAAAUCACCAGCCUUUCGUGGAACCCUAAAAUCAAUGAAAUUUCAUUUGCCACGUCGCAGGGCUCACUACAUACAUUUUCCGAAGCCAUUGAUUUAAACGUUUCAAAAUAUUCCCCCUUUGAAAAGGGCCUUGAUUUUGAAUUUGAACACUUUUCAGAACCAAAUAAAACGACAGCCAACAAUAAGGAACCAAAGGAAAAAUCUAAGCGAAGUAAUGAUUUAGAUAAAAGAGCUGGAGACGAAACAAGACUUUCCGAAGAGCUAGAGGACAAUUAUGACAACCUUGAUGAUAAUCUUUUGGGGUCCAACACUAAUGGCGAUGAUGCUUUUAUCGAAGAUGAUGACGGCACCUAUGCUAAAGAAAUUGCCGAAGAGCGUAUUCGAAAGAGAAAACGCAGGGACAAUAUAGACGAAGAUGACUCUGGAGAUGAAGAACAGAAUGGCGACCAAGGUGGAUUUCUUACACGAGACAAAAUGCAAGCAAUUAUCACAUAUGCUACGGCACAUGUCAAAGACAGUUUGCGGUCCAGCAAAUACCCCUCUUUCCAACAAGGCUCAACGCGAUGGCAAAAUGGCCGGCGGCAUCUAACAGUCAAUUUUGUGGGAUACGUAUGGACAUUAAACGAGGGUCCACACAAUGACGUUUCUGUAGAGUUUUUCGAUGUGGGGUCCAAUAGAAAGUACCAUUUCCGCGAUACUGCUGGUUUCGAUUUGGCGUGCUUGACCAAGAGUGGGGUCUUGUUUGCACGGUCAGGUAUAAACGAUAAAAAUGAUCCGGUACAAAAAAGCACAAAAAAACAUAGUUCUAUGCAGGUUCCGCGCAUUUACUAUAGACCACACCUAGGAGGAUCUACAGCAAGCUGGGAGUACAAGUUUAUUCCACAAAUUCACGGAACCAUUUCCAACAUUGCUUUGUCAGAAACACGCGCACAGGUGUACACAAGCGAAGGAUACGUUUUUACAUUCACAUUAGGCGGCACACCAGUGCGCGUCAAUAGCAUCAAUGAUCGAGUAAUCACGUCUGCUGCUUUUGGCGAUUACUUUAUGACAGUGUGCGAACCACCCGGGGCCAAAGACUCAAGCUGCCUGCGGUACUCGAUUGAGAAUGCAAACACGUUUGAAAUGAUUCAAAACAAUCACCCACUAAGUCUUUCACCUGGGUCCAGGCUUGUGGCUACGUUUUUCUCAGCUUCAGGUGAUCCUUGUAUUUACGACUCCAACGGAUCCCUUAAGAUUCUGACAGCAUGGAGAGCCAUGUUCCAAGCACCUUGGAUUCCUAUUUUCGAUGCUAGAGUUCCCGGAGAAAAAGAAUUGAGUGAGGUUACUCAGCUUUUGGAACGAGCCGAAAAUGAUGAAGACGACGAAGAUGUUUUUGAUAUUCAAGAUUUUGACGAUGAUGGCAACAAAAAGACGUCAAAGGAUAGUGCUACCGAAAAGGAAAAGGAAAUCCAAGAUCGUUUAGAUCAGAUCAUGAGUCGACGGUUUUGCCCACUGGGUUUGAACGAAGACAAUGUCUUUUUGGCAUACCCCUUGACUGGCAAAGAGCUCGAAUUCCCGUUACCUUCAUACAUGGAUGAGUUUGAGCUGCAGGUUCCUGCAAUUACAGAAUCACGCCAUGAGCAAGCUUAUCUAGUUCAGAGCGUGAGCCACGAACUGGCUAAGGACCGCGGCGAAACCGGUGUUGAGGAAAGCGACGGGUGGCGGUUAGAAAUGAACAAGUCUCUACUACGGUUGUUUGGAGCGGCGUGCGGCGAGCGUCAGUCAGACAAGGCACUUGAGAUUGCGCGGUUGUUGAGUACAUCCAACUCGCUGGCACUUGCAAGCAAGAUUGCAGUGGAUUCCGGGUUGCCUUCAUUGGCAAAUGCUAUCAAUGACUUACGUGAGGUUAUGAUUCAAAAGGAACAAGAAGAAAUGGAUGGAUCUGGUUAUUAG